UGAAAUGACAUCUGGAGAUGACAGAAAGAAAAACAAGAGCAUAUCGUAGUGCGAUCGUGGUGUAAUAAUUUUAAGUUUUUAUUUGAUUGUUCAUCGACAUAUACAUGGUAUCAUGCAAGGAGCGAAUUGUAUAAUUAGUAGCCAAUGUUAUUUAUCAAUUUUUUAUGUUUAUUAUAUCUGAUGGUGCAUGUUGACAGCCACACUAUAUCUAAAAGUAUUGAUAACGACGAAAGAGUAGAUGAAAUAUUUGACUCUAUCACCGACUUAGAGCGCACGAGAGGACCCAAGCUGAAGAGGGACAGGUUACAACAGAAGUAUAGAGACUACAAGGAUGAAUUCGUGAGGCCCGAGUAUGUCUUCCAGGAUACCAAGCUCUACUCCAACACAGACAGGACCACCCAGAAACUGAGCCCGAAACCUUCCCCCGAACACUCGAAACACCACAAGUCACCGAAACGAAGAGUUGGUAGUUUCUGGAGGAAAUUCAGAGGCAAAGAUAAAAAACUCAAACAUGAAAACAUAUCAAGGAGUAGGAGAAUACCGAAGAAUCGAGAUUUAGCACCAAAGUACACCGCCACUACCACGUACCUCUCCAGCCAGGUCAAGAAUAAAAGGAAAAAUAAAGAUACAUCGGCCCCACGCCCACCAGACGGCAAAUAUGUCAAGAGGGACCUCGAUACUGCUAUCACAGAAAAUGUGCCUUCCACAACCGCCGAGUCUAUCCCGACCACUGAGCCUCUAUCCACCAAUGAGCCUCUAUCGACCAAUGAUCCUUACUCGACUCGCACCAACUGCAAGCUACGAAUCGGCAUCACGCCCCAAUUCGACAACAUGCAGAAAAAUAAAUUCAGAAUAAAAACUGUAGAACCUUACAAGAUGACGGAGAGAGUCCUGGGCUCAUCGGUCGAGACGUCGGUCACAUCGGAGGCAUCGGUGUCUACGGGGGUAUCGCAAACAACGGAGGUAUUAGGAGAGACGUCGCAGGCAGUUACCUCCGACAGCGGUUCUUUAGAUACUAUAUCUACGCAGCUGGCGCAUCUAAAAGAAAAAUAUGGAUUGACUAAAGCCACUGCUUCGUACACUCUAUCAGUGUCAAAAUUCGGAUCAGAUACGACGACUCGAAAAAGUACGACGGCUACUGAGGUAGAUUUUGGUGGCACGGCACAAAUAGAGGAGUUACUAAAUGAUAUCAAACAUAAAGCCAUGGCGAGGAUUAGUCAAGAGAGCCCCAUGGUGACCGACAUUAUCACCAACACUGUUACUGAGGCGACGUUUGAAGCUGACCCCAUCCUCUCGCACACUACGCCCGGUUAUCACAGGGACGCUACCGUGUCAGCCAAUGAUAUGUCCCAUCACAAAGCUAAGAGGACCGUAUCGUCUGAGGAUGAAAAUAUAUAUCAAAAUGGCCCAAGUACAGAUCCUCACUACAUAGCUGCUCGGUCGAUCAAGGAAGAUACAAUAACCAUGGCCCACAAUGUCGAAGAUAUGUUACAGAGGGAACUGAAGAACAUUUACAAUAAAGUCAAACAUAAGGUGUCCAGCGAUUUCCGCAAAGAAAUUAACAAAGCUAAAUGCACGAUUAAAGAGGGUCUUAAUAAAAUAAGUAGCUGCGGUAAAUGUAACAAUGGUACCACCACGAAGUCAACAGUAAGGAUGACUACUCUUACAACGAAGCCGAAACUGAGUCCAAGCCGCAAAACUGCUGUUACUGAGAAGGAAAAGGCUACCUCCAGACAUGCAAGAGACACACCGACACUUAGGGCUACUGAGAAGUCGGAACUAGACUUCGCUAGGACUACUUAUGAUGACUAUGUGAUGCUGACUCUAUACGAAGAGAUGCUGGCAAAAACUCACGAAGAAAACGUUAGGAAAAUGCUUGCGACCUCCAACGUGACACCUGCCAAGAAGAGGAGACAUCAUAUCAAGUUGUCGAAGAGAAAUCCUGAGACACUCUCUAAUUUCAAUCUCAGGGAAGUGGUUGAGAAAUUGUACGAUGAUGGCGGUAACAUGCCCGAGUAUGAUUAUAUUGAGCCGUCAGCGAACGUGAAUACGUCGAUGCAUCCUCCUGAUAUGCCAGAUUUAGAUAAUGGGUCCCUAGAGCCCGUGGUGGUACCAGAGGGAAUUAUGGCGGAACCAGAGCAGCACAUUCACAAUUCAGGCACCUCGUCAACUAUCCCUGGUACUGAGCAAGACCUGUCCGACACCAGCUUGGAAGGCUUGAGCAACAAGAUAUCGUACAACGACUUUGUGAACGGUUACCGACACUACUUGAAAUUCCAAAAAGAGCAAAAUAAUCAGAACUUCUCCAAUUUAGUGAAGUACCAAGCUCACAGGCACCAUAGUGUCGAUGAUAUCGGUAAGUUUAUUCUCAACAAGAUUCCUCCGCUGCCCUCUUUGAGAGGAAGAAGAUUUUUAGAUGAGACUGACAUGGACUACCAAGAGAUUACCACCAAAAGCGACGAUUCCUGGUUCAAGAAGCACUUUUACCUCUUCAUCGACAAUGGUCCACCGAAGAAGUUCCACACUGCUCAGACUGUAGAACUGAAAUCUGCUGCAACUGAAUCGUCGAAGGCAUAUAUGACGAAUCCUAUGCCUCGGCAUGAACAGAACGACCAAGUCUACAUCAAAAUAGGUGCGGAUGAAACCGCUAAAACCACUAUGGAUACGGCAUCGAUGAGUUUAGAAGAUCUCGCGAAGAUUUUGGAUUCACUCAAGAGCAAGCAAACUAUAAGCCCUUAUUUCAAAGGUUUGAAGACCCAUAGCAGGCCUUAUAUGGCGACAACGCCCAAUAGCACCGCCACAGAAGAUGCAAUUCUGCAAAUCAGAAUGUUGCCACAAAAUUUCAUGGGAAAGCUUUUCGGAGGGAAGCGAAGACAGGCCUAUCCAGCAAACAACUGGACGGAUUUAGACGAUUGGUCACCUGUAGAAGAUGUGUACACAGAGAACCCAUUGAAUAGAUUGAAGAGAACAGCUAAAGGUAGCGUCACUAUAAUGGAUGAUUUUAUGAACAAAGACUUAGAAGAAAAGCCAACUACAGUAUCGAAGGAAGAAAUUGCUGAACCAGCCAUUAAAACGAAAGAAACGAACAAAUAUGGCUACGUGGACAUCGACCUAGUGCCGCGACAAACGGCAGUUGUCAAACUACGGGAAAACCCGAAGAAGAGCAGAUUCAAAAACUUCUUUAAAAAGUUCCAUUUCAAGAGGAAUAAAACAAAGACCAAACAUGAGAAGCGGUCCUGCUACUACGGGGAUGAUGCCUACAGCUAUGGACACAGGCAUUCAAGAUUCAACCCUAUAAAGAAGCUGAAGGAUAUGUUUCGCGUGAAACCUGAGACUGGUAAAGAAGAGCCUUCAGGUGGAGGGUAUGCUUUACCCCCAAAUAUGCCAGAUUACGACAUGGUGACGUCACACAUAGACACGUUCAAACCAGUGAAGUAUGACAAGCCGAUGUCGAUUGAUGAGAUGCAAAGGCAGAUUCCGAACAUCAGUGAUAUUGAUGCCUUGGUCACGAAGCCGACGACGUCGAACAAUUUGUACCAUUAUCGGCUGGACGAGAGUGACCGCGCCCUGCUGUCCAAUGAUCCUGCCUUGCAAUCACCGAUGCCUUCGUUGCCUGAUCACAAGGAGUACACUCCACAGGCUCCACAAGUGACACCACAAAUAUUGGACGCACCAACUGGUGACUGGCGUGAGGUAGCUGUUGCAAUCUCCGGUGAAACUGUGAAAGCAGCUCCAAAGGAUCCAGCAGCAUUAACACCAGCACCAGCAUAUAAAACCACAACGACAGCCACCACGAAGUCUACCACAUCUACCCAAGCCACGACCACCAUCAGCCCGUCGGAGAACAAGGGCAACAUUCCCUUCAAUAAAGUCUCUAAGACCCUGAAAACGACCCUACAGCCGAAGCAACCGCCAAACAAUGUGAUGACUGUUAACUUGAAGACGUUGAAGCCACUCAAAACGAAAGCCACCAAAGUCCCACCAGUGUCAAGAGUCACCAAACGCAGUACCACAACCAGCACUACCACUACCACCACAACCCCAAUUCCCACGACACAAUCCACUGAAUUCUUCAAGGCCGAACCCCCCGCUCAACUCUUCAGGACCAAUCCUUCGGACCUAUACGAAACUGACUCCACAGACCUGGUCGACACAGAUGCCACGCCACUCAUGACGCUAGACGACAUGAACCUCAUACUACGGAACAUUCAGCACAAACUUCAAAAGGUCACGUCCACGGAGUAUCCGAAAUUAUCAACGAGUUUCUUCAAACGAGGUACUAUGGCUGGCAAGAAACACCAUGCCGUUACAAUAUUGACUCCUAAACCCCCAAGGGAGAUUGAGGAACUAACGAUCAAGACCAAAUUGACAAGAAUCGCGAAGUUCCCGAUAUCGAAGCGGCAAUACAAAGUGAAUAGCAUGGACGAAUUUCCAGUAGAAGAUGGAAGCGAAUACCCCGAUAUCAAUGAUGACCAGCUAAAGGAAUACCCACGUGACUUAAGAAAUAGGAAUUCAGUGACUGAUAAUAAGAUUCCUGGAAAAUCCAACCAAUUUUAUUCUUCUACGCUCAAAGACAAGGCGAACAAGAAGUACACUGACUUCUUCAAUGACCUGGUGAUGUGGCACAACGAUAUACUGAACCUGGACAGAGUACCAAGCCCAGUGUGGAAUGAUAUCUUGCAGAAUGUCCAGUCGAACCCUGUAGACAGUUUCACGACUCCAAACAUGAGCGAGAUCAUGAGGGAAUUAAAGGAAAUGAACGAGUAUUUGGCUGAAGCAGACUUAGCUUCGAUUGAGCCAUCUUCAAAUAAUUCACAGAAAAUGGAGCCGUAUUUACACAUGGCGUUUACUGACUUGAGGAAGAGUCCUGGUUUGAAUAGGCAGAGUGUGAUAAGGAGCGUGGCCAUGGAUGAUAACACGAUAGUAACGAGCAAAGAUUUCCUGAUCAAAGGUGAGGCCAAGUACUACCAGUAUAAUAAGCCUGUCCUAGUUGGAAAGAGGAAAAAGUCGAGUGAUUUUAUCAAGAAACUGAACAGACUGAACGCUUAUGAUGAUGAAAAACUGAUCAAAGGUAGCCCCGACCUGUUAGAUCCUUCUUCCUCGUUCUACGAGACGAAGGAGCCUGCGAUCCUGGUCGAUACCACUCUUAUGGCAUACGACGAUGACGCUGAUACCAUAACCAAAGGGUUAGAAGUCAAGAAACUGUCUAGAGAUUCACAGAAAGCCAGCAAGACUCCUAAGAAGCUAAGUAAGUUGACACCAUUUUUGAAGACCAACAAACCACCAAUGCAGUACUUUACGACACCGCUACCGAUGAAACCGAACGAAUUCAACAAGUUUCUGAAAGAACAUAUGAUGGACGUGGAGACUGUUACCUCGCCGACCCUGGAGCUACCGACCUUCAACGAUAACUGGGCCACUAGAGCACACAAACGGCCCACUUCUCCACACAGCACAAACAUGAAGCCUCGCGUCUCAGUAACUAAGGCAAGUGUUCGGAAACUAGCGAAAAUAGACAGCUUGAAGAAGAUGAACAGUGAGCUGUUGAAAUCUAUCAACUACACCAACCAGCUCAUGGUGAAAGCUAAACCUUCCCCGCGGCCACAGGUGAACAGUAAGAAGCAGUCCUUCGAUGAUGAUUCAAUUGACGAUUUUGACCGACACAAGAGGUACAGUGAGAUUAGCAAAGUGCCACGAGUCGCGUCAGAGAAACCAGAUAAAGCGGUUCCAGAAGACAAUAAUUACUAUAACUUGAUAAAGAAGAAAAUGAAAGAACGACUCUUCGAGAAGAAAGGCACGCAAGCAGAACAUGCGUCGCAUCACGACACAGUGACUGUUGGUCCUCAGAACAAAGAAGUAGAAAUCACUAUAAUCAACUUUGAUGAUAUUGAAAAGCUGACUACUGCGCAGACUUAUGAAACUUAUGCGUUACCUUCGUAUAAGAAGGAGGAUAAUGUGAUGACCAUGCCUCCAUACACAGGAUUAACUGAGAAACCAGAAACUACAGUGGCUUCACCGCCUACAACGCCUGAGAUCGCCCCAAAAUUUGACUUUGCAGUGAAAGAUGAGAUGCACAAUGGUUUGCUCUACAAAGACAUAUUUAGGGAGCGUGAUAAGACAACUACGACAUCAACAGAGUUUUCUACACAGGAGAGUAAGAGUACGACUGAAUAUGUGGAUCCGUCGAUGAAUGAGACUCCGUCCACGGCUAAGAUAAGAUACCCGUUUGAGAAGAUACCACAGCUGUACCCGAAUAUUCUGGGGAAGAUGCCUCAUGUGAAGAACUUCAAUGCUGCUCCGAAGCGGGUUCAGAUCAGUAGCCACCACUAUAAGUACGAUAUCUUCUACGAUGACAACAGGAAGAUUGUGAAGUCUGGGUUUGACUUUCGCACGAAAUCGCCUUUCGAAGCCAUAUCAGUAGGAGACAAGAGAUCACAGCUACGAGACAACAUGGUCGUGCUCCGUCACCCAUCUGUUCCUGUUCGAGGAAAGCAAGGCUCCGCGCUUGGCUUAGGAAAGAGAUCUCAACUGAGAGACAACUACCUCAGGUCGUCUGAUAUUUUUAGAAAAGGCGAUACCAAGAUUGAAGUAAUCCGGAAAUUCGACCGAACCGCCAGGAGGAGCAGGCACAUGAGGAGGGUUUCAGACACAGAAGCCCCACACAAGCACAGACUGUUCACGUGGCGCGGCUGCAAGCCCAAGCCUGGUGGGGGGCUGUCAGCUCCGGGAGAGAAUCCAGACGACCACAUCACUCAGAAGGAGGCACGGUCCUCUCUGGAGUCCAAGGAACCCAGCACCGUUGUGGCCACCGUAGAGCCCAAUACCGUUGUGGCCACAGUGGAGCCCAAUACCGUGGUAGCCACUGUGGAGCCCAAUACCGUUGUUGCCACCGUGGAGCCCAACACCGCCGCCAUCACCGUGGAUCCUGACAUCACCAUACUCCGUGAAAUCUCCACGCAACGUGAUGUCGCCAUCAUGGCUGCUGUAACAGGUUCAGGUCGCCCAAGAUCUGCCAGCGUCUCAUUGUCACCGAGCCCGUCGGCAUCAGCGUCAGUGUCGGCCCUCACAGCAUCGGUGUCUUCCACGGAGGGCACCCCACAGCGUGGCUCCCUGGUCUACGACCUCAAGCACCUUCGCCGAACCUCGCCCGCGCCAGACAAGGAGAGAACCAAGGACAAAGACAGACAUAGGAGACUGUUCAAGAUUUCUGCACUAUUACAUGACAAAUUCAAGAGUCUUGUGAAAAACUUGACGACAGCUAAGCGUGCCAACGCUACGAUUUCGUCAACAAAGCACACGACAAAAGCUGAUUCGAAAAGUGAUUCAACCCAAACCACGCAACAGCAAAGAGCAAAGAAGAAAGAAAAGGAAGACGAAAGAGAAGAUUUGAAGGCUGAAGGGAUUAGCUUUACAUGCGGGCCAAAAGAAAACACAGAGCAGAAGGAGGAUCCGAAGUGUGGGAAGAAAACUGAUUCACCGUCCGUGUCGACCACUAUUAACACGAAAACGACGACCACCACAACGAUACAACACAAGAUUAAUGCUAAGCCGGGUUGCGAGGUAGAGUCUGAGACGACGACCGAGCCGGAGAAGCCACCACACUAUAAGUGCUUGAAUCACAAGGGCCAUGUGGUCCACGACCUACCCAACGAACCCAUUUACAUAGAGCCUGACACCUACAACGACCAGGUGAGGCCAACAAAGGUGUAUUAUGAGCUAGGGCCGCAGCACGACCCUCCCACUCCUCCAGCACCGCCCUGCUCCUCCGAGGCCAACUUCUUCAGCAAUCACAUCGAGAUCAAGCGAGACGUUCAAACCCAGCAGAAUACCUUCACAGCUAAAGACGUCGCAGCCCUAGAAGUUAUUGUAGACCUCAUGAAGAACACCCUUAGCUAUGAGGAGAAAGACAUAGCCAGCGUCUUCCAAACCAACAACUACAUGGCUUUGCCUCACGCUACAAAAUCCAUUCAUCCAUCCAACGACAGCACAAAUGCCAUCCAAGUCCACAUCGCUAUUCCCUUCGACUUCCAAACAGGCAAGAAGAGAUCUCCCCUCGAUCCAGUGAGAGUGAGGAAGGUGUUCUCAGCCAAGAUGUCAACGCCUGUCGAUCUAGAAUACCAGGUCCAUUCGUUUGAGGGCACUGUCGAUCCCACCACAGUAGAACAUAGUGAGACCACCACCAGCAAAAGCUCCAGCGUUGCUGCUGUCACCUCCCACGUAAGCGUAGAAGGAGCGCUGUCACCAGGCAUGUAUCUCUUAGUCGACAAACCAAAGUCUGGUCUCGCCCUCAAGCCAAUCAAAGGUAGAAUUAAUUUGUCCGAUCUAAAAACGCGGCAAGUAGCAGCGACCACUGCUAGUAUGUCAGAGUCGAAACCAACUGAAUCUAGAGAGGAAACCAAGAGCGUAGCAAGAGUGACGCUGAGUAAAGAUUUCAUAGCGGCGUUCAAUAAACAACUGAUUCAGAUGUACGAAAACGUCAGCCAAGCGAACUUGAACUCUCAUAAGCCGCGCAGUGAGAGGCAUGUUUGGAAGUCUCGAGAGAUCAAGGCAGUGACGGAGGAACCUCCCACAGACGAAGACAAAUAUGUCUUCAAGAGACGCAUCGACUGGGACGCAGUGAAAAAGUAUUUUGGCCACGAUAGAGUUUGCAACUGCAAGUGUAGGACCGACAAGGCCAUGUGUAAGGCGUGCGCGGCCAGCGACGCUGUCAUAGACGAACUUAUAUUCGAGUUUGACAACAUUGGGCAGUACAUGAAGGAUCACUGCACGGAAAUACAAACGUUCUUUUGGAUGAACCCUGGUGGGGGGCAGAAGCUGAGAGACUCGGUCAGCAAGAUCGACAAGAGUUUGGCCGACUACUACAAGAGAGUCAAAGGCAAAUGCCAAGGAAGGACUUGCAAGACUUUCACUACUUACAUUGACAAGAGACAAUUGUUUUUAGUGAAAACUUCGAAAGAGACCAAACCAGACUCUUUUACGCAUAUCAACGAUGAGUUGGCAGCCCUCGCAGACGACUUGGAGAAAACGGUGUCCAUGCAAGCUUGCUUCAAUCAGAAACUUGUGGAAGAAGGCGACAAGUUUAUGAGUACGAUAAACAAAUGUAUCAUGAGACAUAACAUCGUGAAGCGAGCCAACCCGCCGGCGCCUCCCACACCUCCGAAGAAGAAAUUGAUCAAAAACGUUUACUCCCUCGAUAACAUCAAUGUUAACAUCAUUUGUAAUCCGGAAAGUUCUUCUUCAUCUGAAACGUUUGAGCACACGUCGUCAUUCACACCUCACCAGGACGUGGUGACGUCACCACAUAUCAACGAUCCGCUCUUCGACUACGUCAUUGAACCGAAACACAAGAAGCGCAAAGGUUUAAAGAAGUUAUUUCCGCGUAAGAGUAAAAAGAAGUUCUUCACGUAUUACACGUCGGAUUACACAAAGCGACCACGUCUACACUUCAAGCGGCAGGUGAACUACGGCAUGGUGACACCUUUGAUAUCUGACGGUGGUGGCGCAUUCUGGUAUGAUUACAUAAAAUCCAGCACUAACGAAGCCCGCGUGGCCAGAGAAUCGAAGCAAGAUAAGUCCAUUCAGAUCGCUGUGGUGCAGAAAGAGGCGAAUGGUUUGCCGAAAAUACAAAAUAUAAUGGAGAAUUCACUUCGCCGUCCAGUUACGAACACCAUGUUCAUGACUGUGAAGUCUACUCCGAAGAGAAAUUUUAGGGAUGUUACAGAAACAACGACGAUCGAUUACUUGUCGCACAACAUCAAUCAGUUGCUGCAACUGUUUGGGAGCCUACAGGACAUAGAAACUAUGAACAAGAACUCUAACAGGUCCACGAUGUUUCUAAACCACACGGCGAAGCUUAAAGAUGAUCACACGAGUAAGGUUAAUUCUGAAUCUGAUAAAGUGACGCUAGAAAAAAAGUCAACGAAAUGUAUUAAGAAGGUGAAAACUAAAAUGCAUUAUAAAAGUGAAGAUACGACAACUACAACUACUCCGAGGACUAAAACAACGACAACACAACAAACAACUACACUGACUACUGAACACACGGAUAAGACAACUGAAGAAAAAGAUAAAGCUAAUGAAAUAAAAGAUAAAGCUAAUGAAUUAAAAGAUAAAGCUAAUGAAUUAAAAGAAAAAAUAAAAGAUAAAGAUACUGAGCUAAAAGAAACUCAUGCAGAACCAAAUAUAAAAGAACCGGAGUUAAAAGAAAAAGUAAUAGAGCCAAACGAGAAGCCGAUGGAGUUAAAAGACAAACAAUCUGGACAAAAUGAAAAACAAUUUGAACAAAAUGAUAAACUUUCUGAAUUAAAAGCCAAACAGUUUGAACAAAAUUACAAACCUGCCGAACAAAAAGUAAAACAAAUGGAAAUUAAUGAUAAACCGUCCGAUCAAAUGGAUAAACCGUCUGAACUGAAAGAAAAACAACAAGAACUAAAUGAUAAACCGGCUGAACAAAUCGAUAAACCGUCUGAAUUAAAAGAAAAACAGAUAGAAAUUAUUGAUAAACCAUCCGAGCAAAUUGACAAACCAUCAGAACUGAAAGAAAAACAAUAUGAAGUAAAUGAAAAACCAUCCGAUCAAAUUGAUAAACCGUCUGAACUGAAAGAAAAACAAUUUGAACCAAGCUACAAACAAUCUGAACAUGAUGUCAAACAAUCUGAUCUUAGAGAAAAACAAUUUGAACAGAAUGAAAAACAACCAGAUCAAGUAGAUAAACCGAUUGAAAUACAAGAAAAACAAUCUGGACAAAAUUAUAAACAAUUUGAACAAAAUGAUAAACUGUCUGAACUAAAAAGCAAACAAUUUGAUCAAACAGAAAAGCCUUCUGAAGACAACGAGAAACAAUUUUUUCUAAGUGAUGGCUUGACGACUAGUUUGGACACUAGCUUUGAUUCGCUGGACAAUUUAGAAUCGAAGAUGGAAACCGGGUUACCAAACUGCAAAACCAACGCAACCACGGCACCUGAACCUAAAAAGCCUAAAUGUGAACAAAAAAAGUGUCAACAAAAUGCCCAGAAUGCCAGCGAAAAUAUAAUCAUAAGAUCAACCAGAGUGAUGGUGGAUAGAAAAGCGAGUAACACUAAAACUACCAAAGUUGGAAGCAUGUCCACCACUAUAAGCACAACUAAGAGUACAAAAAUUGAAACGACUUCAACGAAAGAAUUCACGGAGCCUAAAACACCUGCAUUCGACGAGGGAGAAACUAUACCACAAGCCACUACGACGAAAGCAUCAAGCAGUUUCUUCGGCAAACUGAAGACGGCUACGUUGAAAUUUUUCGACAGCGUCACACAAAGGCCGAGACAUCCUCAGAAAUCGUCGACCUCCACUGUUACUACCACUUCUGAAACCACUAUGACAACGCGAGCGAUUGAUAAGAUCAGUAGCACGGAGACUGACCCUAUGUAUUUCGAUGAUACGCAAAUCACAACUCGUAUGAGUCCGACUAUUGUCAUUAUCAACGAGUAUGACAAUCAGAUUAACAGCGAGAUUCUGAACGACCCCAACAAAGAUGCGGAUGGGUAUAGAAAUCUGUUGCUGUCCAUAAUACAGUAUGAAACCAAUAAGCUGAAUGAUGAGUGGCAUAGAAUUGCUUACGGCGAUCCGGAGAGAGAAGAGGUUGGUUACAAAAGAAGCGUCUCGCAGAUAAGUAGAGUUCCACCUACAACUACAACCAAACCGAAGAAGAAGCCGAAACCAAAACAAAAAGUGAUAACAGCUCCUGACGAGGAGUACGAUCUUAUCGAGGGUAUGAAGGCUCUGAAGAACCUGGAGCUACCGGAGCCGACGGCAAAGCCUCAUAAACCUGAAGGUCUACUCAAUAAGAUUGUAAACAAAAUGGGAAUUAAAGUUGUAGCUCCCGAGAAAAAGCAGGCAGUGAAGAAGCCUACCGUAAGAGAAGUGGGCAGCCGCAAGAAGCUGAAUAGGAAGCGACGCCUGAAGCUGAACAGCUGGAAGAUGGAUCCCUCCACUAUGCCGGUCACUGAAAAGGCCUGUGAUACUCGUCGGACACCCAAAACAAGUCAGAUUUGUGACAUACAGGCCACCAUUGACCACAUCAGGCUACUUCAAACGAAAGUACCGCCGGAAGCUUUCGAGAUCUUAGUCAAAAAUAUAUCUUGCUACAAAUACAAAAGUCCUGAACAACAAUUCUUUAUUCCAUACCAAAAGACGGGGAAGCGGUGGGAUUGGAUCCGCAAUAAGAGGUGCCUCAGAGUACAAGUCGCGAAAGUCAAUGAUGACUAUCCUGAUGUUGACGAUCUAUUCGAUGUCGUGAGAUUUGAUGAUGAUUCGAAUGAUUCGUUUGAGAAGUACGUUAAAGGAGACGAUGGGAUUUAUAAAAUGAUUACGAGGAGAAAGAGAGGAGCUAGUUUGAGAGCUUUGGAUGUGGGAUUGAGGAAUAUACCGCCUUUGAGACCAGCAGAGAAUGAGAUAUACAUCAUGGUAGGAGACUCGAUUACCCUGGACUGCGUGCCGUACGUGCCCAUAGCGUCGCCCAACAAGUUCCACUGGCAUACUGAGAGGAAACGGAUGCUCACUCAUGACAACGUGAAGGUGGAAGGCAUUAAGAUGACCAUACGGAACGCGGAGCCCAAGAAUAUGGGAGGCUAUACCUGUAGCUUGGAGCAAGCGGUGCAGAGGCAGGUGCGGCUGGUCGUGAUGGCGAUACCGGAGUACGACGUGGUGUUCACGCCCGUCUACAAGACGGAAGAUACCUGCUCUUAUGAUGACCUGAAAGCUAUCCAGGAUCUGGGCCCUCUGAUGAGUAAGGAGUCAAGAUGCGGCAAGACCUGCUCCAUAAGGAUAGACGAGCCGGUCUGCCAAAGAGACAGGGGCACGAACAGCUCGAUCCUGCGGUCGACGGCAGUGAUCUCGAUGUCGCCGAACCACCGCGUGAACUGCAGCCUGCAGUGCCGGCGAGACAUCGCCUCCUCUCUAGUCAUGCUAUCGGCCGUCAACACUCCGUACCUCGCUGAUAUUGCUGUGGUAUUGUCGAAGGAUGGGGUCAACGAGACUCUGAGACCGUGGAGGCAUCUCGUCAGACCCGUCAUCACACAUUCUCUCAGGAAGAAAGACACGAACGGCCACCGCGAGUACCACAAGCUGGUGUCGACGCUGUCUCCCGGCAAGGUGGACGUGGUGGUGAACUGCCCGGCUGGGUACUACCUGCUGCCCGAGUCUAAAGUCUGCUCAUCCUGCCCCCCAAACACGAGCUCGAAGCGCGGAGACAACACCUGCAGGACCUGCCCGCGCGGCACGAGAGCCGAACCCGGAGCCUCUCAGUGCCAAGCCGUCAAAACUACCCCGCGAAGGUAUGAUUGGUGGUGGUAUCCUCCUUGCGGGUACAUGGUGGCUUGUUGUAGCGUCGCGUUUGGCUGCUCCGUGUGUGUCCUGCUGUCUGUGAUCGUGCACCUGUUCUCCAGAGACGUGGACCCUGUGGAGGUCGCGUCCAGUGACGGCGGGCCGGCACGGACACCGAAGACGGCGACCAGCGUGAUGGCCGCGUACGUGCACACCCACACCCGACCUCUCUCGCCCUCGCGCGUCAUCCUCCCUCGGUUCUUCAGGCCCUCCCUCACCUCUUCGCGAGCCACCGAUUCCCAAGAGACGAAGUUCGAGCUAUGGAAAGAAAGAAACAUUCCGCCACCGUUGCCGCCAAUCGAUUUUGACAUUUGAAACUGCCGCCAUUUUGUUCGGCCACCGUCGAAAUGACAGUGACAGUUGUAAACGUCAAACCAAGCAAUUGUGACUUGAAAUAAUAAUUUUAGAAUUUAGGCAAAUUGAUUGAUUGAUUUAUCAAUCAUUAAUAGAUGAGGACACACUUUUCCCCGAAAUAUGACGCAAUGUUUGUAUUUUGUACAAUCAAUUCAUGGUCGGAUUUCGUGUUUUAAUCUCACGGACACGUACAGUUGAAUCAGCACUCCCGAGACCCUCCAAACUGUCAAAUUACCUUUAUAGGGUUUUGGACUUUAUUUGAAAAGCAUUUGAGUUGAAAAUCUGUUAAAGAAAUUGAACAGGUUGUAGCGUGAUUUGCUGUCUUUACUUAAGGCGUUAAGAUUUAAAACUGUACUGUAAUUAAAGAUUCGUCCUGCCGAUUGGUUGUUAAGGAAUAUCGACAUUUCUAGAAACGUUUUUGCUCAUAAGUCUUGAAAACCAUGUGGUCAAUGUAAGUAGCUUUGCCAAUGAUCUUUCGCCAUACCGCACUUGAUAAUUUGCCGAAACACAAUAUUUAUAAUAACUGUGUACAAGCCAUUUUGUAUUUAAGUGUAUUUUAAUACUUUUAGAUAUAGUAUUUUAAGGAAGCGCUGUAGUUAUGUUAUAUUUUAUAAGUAUUCUUUUGUCGUCCGCACUGAGGCUUUUGGUAAGUUGUAAUAAAGUUCAGUGGUGUUA